GCGCGGGUCCCUGGUUCGGGGCUGGGGACCCCCUGGCGAGGAGCCCGGCAAGUCUGGGGACGGGGAGACCGAGUCUCUGCUUCCUUGUCAGCGUCGUCCCUGAGGAUUUGAACGCUAAUGGGUCAGGCAGGGUGGGGGCUUCGGACGUUUUCUGUCCCCGCGUGACGCUGCGUGUUCUCUGGAGACCCUUGGGUCGGGAACGCGGCCCUGGGGGACUGGCUGUCCUCGAAACUCUCGGGAGCGCUUCGCCAGCCCUGAGCCGAGGCUGCUGAGAACCAGCCCUCGACCUCUACUUGAGGGUCCUUCCUCUGAAGACGUCACCAGUGUGUGGAGCCUGCCCCACACCCACCCCCUGCCAAACCACGGCCUUUACCUGUGUCUUCCGGUGUUUCCCGUGCGACCCAUCCUGUGGGAGUGCCUCGUGGGCUGCCCCAGAGCUCACCCCACGCUCAGCGGCGCCAAUGGUGAAGAUGACAAGAUCCAAGACUUUCCAGGCAUAUCUGCCCUCCUGCCAUCGGACCUAUAGCUGCAUUCACUGCAGGGCUCACUUGGCCAAUCAUGAUGAACUCAUUUCCAAGUCCUUCCAAGGAAGUCAAGGACGAGCAUACCUCUUUAACUCAGUAGUUAAUGUGGGCUGUGGGCCUGCAGAAGAGCGAGUGUUGCUAACAGGACUACAUGCAGUUGCAGACAUUUACUGUGAAAACUGCAAAACCACUCUGGGCUGGAAAUAUGAACAUGCUUUUGAAAGCAGCCAGAAAUAUAAAGAAGGCAAAUACAUCAUUGAACUAGCACACAUGAUCAAGGACAAUGGCUGGGACUGAUCCGACACCAUCUACCCAACCCAGUAUCCAUGUGAAUGCCAUCUAACUGAACAUUCUACCCAAGCGUGAGAGAGUGACUGAACACUUGGUUCCAUCCAUUUAGGGGCCUUCCCAUCUGGGGCAUCCUCCCACACUGACACCAUCUUUCUGGUGACCGGCCUCUAAAUUGCCGUCUCUCUGUCUCUUUGCUUUGUAUCUGUUUGUGAGUUGAUCCUGGCUUCUCUCUCUGUUCUAGUGUUGGCUGAAAACAAAAACAACAAAAGGAACAGAUCCUUGACCACAUGGCGGCAGCCCACCUUGGACAGGGCCCCAGGGCCUAUGCAAGAGCUGCCUGAUGGCCUCUUGUCAGGAGAGCAGUGACGUGGCCCGUGGGUGUUAGGAAGAGGGAAAAGGGGGAAUCCCAAGGGUCCUGGGAAUGGGCAGAGGGUGGGAGGGUGGAGGUAGGAACAAAAUUGCACUGCUCCUGGAGACCUGGUAACUUAGGCUUGAAAUAAUCAACCUGUCUAAAAGGACAAAGAGAAAAAAAAUAUACCUCAUGGCUGCAA